AUGUUCAAAAGGUGGAAAUGUGACAAGAAGAUCAUGACAAAAAUGCCAAAUUUCUUUGUCAACAAAGACCAUAAUAAGAAAAAGCAAAGCAUUAUUGAUGAAGGACCUCUGAUCUUUCAGCGCCCAUUUCCUCCUGAGAUCUUUCCUUUCACGUGUGGUGUGAACCUCUCGCCUUCUUCACGUCGCAGGUAUGGUGGAAUGGGAAUGGAUAUACUUUAUGAUUUUAGAUUUUUAGAGAAACAUUCCUUUCCACCUGAUCAUGGGUUUUGUUGCCUAUUUGUAGAAUCAGAUUGGAGCGUCUGGGUUAUUCAAUUUUGUGGUGAACCUGAGCAUGGACUGUGCAUAUCAGUAUUUCUUUGCAUCAUCCUGUUGAAGAUUCUUAUGAAGACAGCAAAAGAUUUGCGCCUAGGCAUGGGCGAUGUGCAGAUCCUGCCUGGGUCUCGCCAUCGUCCUCCUAUGAAGAAACCAAUCAGUUCUGCUUGUUACAUCUUUUCUUCUGGAAGUUGCCGGUCAAUUUCUGAUUGGCUUCCACCAGCUCCUGCAAGGGAAUUCACGGAUGAGGAAAUUGCAUCUCGUGCUGUUAUUAGGGAUAUUUUGAAAGCACCUGCAAUUCUUUCAAAGAAUCCAAAAAUCGCCUUCAUGUUUUUGUCACCUGGUUCUCUACCAUUUGAAAAAUUGUGGGAUAAAUUUUUCCAAGGACAUGAAGGGAAAUUCUCAGUAUAUGUGCAUGCAUCUAAGACUAAACCAAUUCAUGUGAGCCGGUAUUUUGUUAAUCGGGAAAUACGCAGUGAUCAGGUGGUGUGGGGUAAAAUAUCUAUGGUUAAUGCAGAACGAAGACUACUGGCGAAUGCUUUACAAGAUCCUGAUAACCAGCAAUUUGAUCCUGGUCCUCAUGGCAAUGGCAGGUAUUCAGAACGCAUGUUACCCGAGGUUGAGUUGAAGAACUUUAGAAAGGGUGCACAGUGGUUUUCGAUGAAGCGGCAGCAUGCUGUUAUAGUUAUGGCUGACAACUUGUAUUACUCAAAAUUUAAGGCUUACUGUCAGUACUGGAAUUCAAAAACAGAGCAUCUUAUUGUGGCAAGUAACACAGUAGUUGUGGAAUAUAUAUACAUUUACUCCAAGAAUAAGAGUUAA